UGAUCAUCUGACUUCACUUCCGUUUCUUGUGUUCCUGUUUCUCAUCUCAAAUGAUUUUCUUCCAACGUUUGAAUAAAGAGUGAAUGAAAUGUCUGCGAAACCGACGUGUUUGAUCGUGGCGAGCGCUUCCGCUCAGGGAGUGUCAGCCAAGUCUUUCCACCAGUCCUUCAGUCUGUGCAGCUCCACCUUCAACCUGCAGACUGCCACACCGGGGGGGAAACCUAUAGACUUUGUUGGGGUGGAUGAAGGCACAGCCAGAUGGGUGCAGGACUUCAACGUGAAACCGUACGCGGCGCCGGCCAAACUUGAAUCCAUCGACGGUGCCCGAUACCAGGCGCUGCUCAUCCCGGACUGCCCCGGAGCUCCGAACGACCUGGCUCACAGCGGCUCGCUGCACCGCAUCCUCACGCACUUCAUCUCCCAGCAGAAGCCGGUGUGUGCGGUGGGACAGGGAGUGUCGGCGCUGUGUUGCGCCACGGAGGGACAGCAGUGGAUUUUCAGCGGCUACAGCUUAACUGGGCCGUCGGUGUUUGAACUGGUGCGGAGGCCCGACUUUGCCAACCUGCCCCUGAUCGUGGAAGACUUUGUGAAAGACAGUGGCGGAUCAUACACAGCCAGUCAAGAAGACGCCCUGCAUGUAGUCAUAGACAGACACCUGAUAACGGGACAGAACAUGCAGUCCACAUCACUCGCCGUCAAUAAUCUGAUCCUCCUCUGUAAUGCCAAAUAAAAGAAAAUGAACUUGGA